GCAGGAGCACCUCGAGGCCCGCCUGAAGCAGCUCGAGACGGAGAACAGGCGCCUGCUGGACAAGCUCCAGGCCAGCCCCGUCGCCAGCGUUGCCGGCUACUCCGCCGCCGACGGCUCCAGCGUGCCUCCCGCGGCGGGCCGGGCCCCGCCGCCGGCCCAGCUGGGCGCCUCCGCGCUGGCCGGGCGGAGCGCCUCGCCGUGGGGCUCCACGCCGCAGUCAGGCGGCCGCCCCACCUCGCCUGGCGCCUCGUCGCGGGGCAGGGCUCUUCCGGACCUGUACGGGCUGGCGGCGCCGCUGUGCAGGCAGGGCGGCCUGCCGCGGGGCGGUAGCGCUCUGCGGAAGGCGCGCGAGCGCGCGCUGCAGGAGGUGCAGAGCGCCAUCGAGCGGGGUGCCCCUGCCUCGAGCUGGUCUGGGCCAGGCACGCCCCUGCAGGCGGCGGUGCAGAGCGGGUGCGCGGAGUUCACGGCGCUGCUGCUGGCGGCGCGCGCGGACGUGGCCACGCUGGACGAGAAGGGCGUCAGCCUGCUGCACCAUGCCGCCUUCGAUGGACAGGCCGACAUAUGCAGGAUGCUGGUGAAGGCGGGCGCCAACGUCAACGCGUGCGACUGCCACGGCCAGACGCCCCUCUUCUUCGCCCCCAGCCGCACGGUCUGCGAGACCCUGUACGCGAGCUUGGCAGACACCAACGUGAUCAACGCCAAGGGCCAGUGCGCCCUCCACCUGGCGGGUCGAGCUGGGCUCUGCGACGUGAUGUCCUGGCUGCUGGGGCGCUGCAGCCGCGCCAUGUUGCGCCUGCGGGACGAGCACGGCCUCGUGCCCGCGGACUACGCGCGCCAGGCGGGCGUCAGGCCAGAGAUCCUCGCGAAGCUGGAGCCCGGCGGCGCGCGCGCGGCGGUCUUCGCUCCGCCGGGCAGGUCCGCGCAGGACGCCGAGGUGCCCGACGAGGCCGCGAGCCGCUCGGGGGACGAGGGCGCUGGCCACGCGGCAUCCCGAGUGCUGCUGCAGAGGCGUCCAGAUGCUUGCCACGAGGCGUGA